AAACCUGCUUCCAAAUGUCCCGAUCAUAGCUGCUUCGUAAAUAUGAGUUCGUUUCGAUUCCCACCGCCGCCGCCGCCGCCGCCGCCGGCCCAGCAAGCGCCUUUAGGCGAUACGCAGCAUACGUACACUAGCCAGAGAGGAGGCCGCGGUGGACGGGGUGAUAAUGGCCGCGGGAGAGGAGGGUCAAGUAGAGGUAGGGGUGGACAAGGCCGUGGAAGACCGCACAAUCGAGGUGGUGGCACGCGAGGAGGAUGGCAGAACCAGCACCACGAGCGAGCUGGAAACUCGCAACAACAUUCAUUUACACCGCCGCCACUAUCUUCGAAUUCUGUCCCAUCUGCCAACCCUGCCGCCUUUGCUCAAGCUAUGUCUUUCAUGGCAACGCCAGCUGGUAUGCAGUCGAUGUCGGCUUUUGCGAGCCAUUUGGCAGGGACGAACUUGACUCCCAUAUUGCCUCAACAGUCGUCGCCAUCCCGAACCAACCAACCGCCCUCGGAACAAGGUACGUGCAAAGCACGCAGGAAUGAAAGAGCUAUGAAAUGGCAGGCCGAUACAAGAGAUAAACCUGUCGAAAGUAAUCAAAAACGCAAUCAAAAGCCCCCAAGAGCGAAAGCAAAAGCAGCGCCUGCAGUGCCGAGUUUCGGCUUUUCAAUUCCUACAGCGCCUCAAACGCAAUCGGCCCUGCACCGUAGAGAAGAUGGCCAAAGCGACCCAAAGAGGCGAAAGUUGAAUCUAGGUCUCACCCAACAACAAGAGCGGGUUGAAGACGACGAUGAAAGCGCAUCCGAGGAAGAUAUUGACGAAGAAGCAGCCUGGGCCUCGAAUGCAAAACUGAAGAAUGGCGUUGUCUUUGAGCAUGAAGGCGAAAGGAUUUCAUUGCAAACUCCGGCUGAACUAGCAGCAUGGAGGAAAGAUAGAAAGAAGAAUUUCCCAACCCAGCAACGAGUUUCUGAGAAAGCCCAAGAGAUAGCAGAGAGAAGGAUACAUGAGCUCGAAUUUCUACGGAAAGUUUCAGGAAGACCGAAGAAGGGCGAAGCUCACGACGACAAAUUGCCGGCAAAUACGCAACGUAUUCAAAAGGAUAUACAAAAUCGGUCGGGAGGCUCGGAGAGGGAGCUGAACAAUCGACGCCAAAAAGUGCACGAGAUCAUGAAAAAGAGAGAAGCCCAGCCAGCUUCCUCUCUUUCAAACCCACCAAAAAUCGAUCUCGGUUUAGGCUAUGAUACAGAUACCGAUGCGGAAGAGAGUUCGGCAGUUUCGGAUUCUUCCGUCCUCUCAUCUGAUGACUCGGAUUCCGACUCGGAUGAUGCUCCGCCUUCCCCUGUGUCAUCUAAAAUCGUUGUCGAUACCCCAGUACCACCGCCUGUGCUAGCAGCAGCACGCCCACUCCCGAGACCGAAGAGAGAACAGAUCGAUGUGUGUCCGCAGUGGAAGGCACGGGGAAAAUGCAAAUAUGGGAGAAACUGCAAGUAUCCCCAUACGUCACAGCCGAAGAUAAUUGGGCUUUACGAGAGGCUGGUAGAGCAGGAGCUGGAAAAGAAUGAUCGCGUAGCACUGGAUGCUAUCAAGUUCCUCGGAAGAAAUGGAUUUUUAGGUUGA